UUUGACCCCAACACUGAACACGAAAACUACGGGGAUAAGGUCGAUGCGCGAGAUAUCCCUCUGUUAUAUCUCGAGACGAAGAUUCAAAACGCUCCUGUGGGGUCACCUCAAAGACAAGAAGCUCAGAAGAAUCUGCUUGAGGAAAUAAAUCACAGGAAACAAAUCGAUCAGAACAUUAUAGAGAUUCUUAGACUUUCACUCAAAAAAACCGAUGUCUUAGAUCUCUUAACUUCCACAAGAACAACAGGACAACCUGUUGUAGAUGAUUGGGACUGCUACAAGACUCUGGUUAAAAGUUUCAAGAAUCAAUGUGGAGCAAAGAUGGAAUACGAUAUGAAGUAUGCAGGAGCACUUGCCAAUAUCUGCAAUAUGGGAGUGGAUGUGAAGAAAAGUGUUGCAGCUAUUGAAGAAGCUUGUGCCCAUUAAAUUAUAUGCAAAAAAUAAUAUUGUGAUCGCCUUAUAAAUAUGAAAGUUAUUGCAUAACAUUUGAUUGUGUGGAGAUGGUUGAUGCCUAUUUUACUUGAUAACGCGAAAGUCUUGGUCUUAAAUUGGAUUCAUAGUAUAAUAACCUCGUACCAAUUCUAGUUUCAAGAAUUCACGCGAAAGUCUUGGUCUUAAAUUGGAGAAUGAGUAAGUGAUCGGAUAAGGCUCGGCGGCACUCGAGUCAACAUCUCGUAUUCACGUGUUAUGCUUUACGGUUUACAGUUCUACAACCUUGAACCGGAGCAGCUGAUUAAAUCCUCAUAUAUACUGGUGAACGGGACAAACCGCCAGUCCCAAAAUAUCGGUUACGACUUUUGCUGCAGACCAAAAAACCCAAAGGAUAAACCCUGAAGUUUAAAUUUUUUGUUGCCAUAAAUGUUACGUAACAUUCAUUUUUGCAGAGAAUGUUCAGUCGAAGCUAGAAUUUGAUCAGUACUUCCAUUGAGUGUUUUUUUUUUCAUUUUUAAUGGAUUAAAUUAAGAAUGAUUAUGUUAUUUUACUAUUAUAUGGUUUUAUCAACCCAUAUUGUAAUUAAAAUGUUUUGCAAAAUAAAUAAUAAUAUAUCUCAUCGGUCAUUUGAUAAAUUUUGUGAUUGUCAUUUAUCAUUCUACAUAAUUUAAGUAUAAUAUUUUAUUUUAUAUUUGAAUUAAAAAAAUUAAAUUAUUAUUAUCGUUAAUAUAAUUAAUUUUAUAUAAUUUUAGUUUUUGCUUAUCAAUUAAAGCUAAAUUAAUUUUAGUCUCUAAUUAUAUUUUAUGAUAAUUAUAAUUGAAUUAAUUAAUUUUCUGCAAUAAAAUUUUCAAAGAUUCUGAAAAGUUUUUAUUAGAGUUUAUAGUGAUUGAACUGGUGGUAUGUUAAGUAAACCGGUAUAGAAAGGAGUAUAAAUACAUGUAUACGGUGUAAAAUACAGAUAAGAGAAUACAAUACAUUUUCUUUCGAUCGUAACAAACUCUCUCUUCCUCACUGGAGCUCGUAUUGUAAUAUGGUAUUGCAAAGGGCUACACACAGUUGGAGGGCUUAGACUACUUGGAUACAUUCUCGCCUGUUGCUAAGAUUGGCACUCUAUGUCUUCUUCUGAGUGUUGCCGCAGCUAAAAAUUGGUCCAUUUCGCAGUUGGAUAUCAACAAUGCCUUCUUCAACGGUGACCUUGAUGAAGAAAUUUACAUGCGUCUCCCUGAAGGUUAUGAAGAAAUCACUGGCAAGAAGUGUCCUCCCAACUCGGUGUGUAAGCUUCAUAAGUCUCUAUAUGGUCUUAAGCAAGCUUCCCGUCAGUGGAAUCAGAAGCUGUCUAGUGUAAUUCUCGGUGAUGGGUUUACUCAAACGCAUUCUGAUCAUUCCCUCUUCAUCAGAUAUGUCGACCACGUCUUCUUGGCUGUUCUUGUCUAUGUUGAUGAUAUUCUAAACCGCCAACCUUCAAAUACCGGUUACGACUUGCUGCACACCAAGAAAACCAAAGCAUAAACAAUAAAGCUCAAAUUUUGCAGAAUGUCCACAGUCAUAAAUAAUCUGAAAUGCUUUUUUUUAAUAUCUAAAUCAUAAUCUGAAUUUUUUUUCUUUCUUUUAUAUUUAAACUAUAAUUGUGUGUUUAGUGGGUCUUUACCUGGAGAUAUGACAAAAGCUGUUCUUCUCCACUUGAAACAAUAAGGUCUGCAUACUCCACACUUGUUAUAUUUCCACAAAAAUGAAAAGGCUAGAUAUUCUUA